UUCGAUAGGAUCAAAAUUACCAUCUACUGGGUGUCCCCUCCCCACCUGACAACCUGAAUCUGACAUCUGCUUGCCAUCAAAAUUUUCAGGUCCAAUCUUUCCCCAAAUGCAAGUUACAAAUUCAAGUAAACGCAAAUUAUCGUUGUAAUUAACUACGAUUCGAGCAAAAAUUGCCGCUUUUGCAUAUGCGCGAUUCGAGACGAGCUUCGUGGCAGAAGGACGAACUGACAACGGAGGGAUUCGAGUUUGGACAUUGGAAAAGGUGGCAGUGGAGGUUCCCUUAACUUUGAGACCGUGAUUGGUAAAAGAAGUUGCGAUUGCCGUAUUUUUUCCUUCAAUUUUAUAGCAUCUCAAUAUCUGAAAUCUAACCAGAGUCUUGCAUCUGUUGAUGCGCGUAAAGAAAAGAAAAUAAAAAUAAAUAUUAAGUCACCAGCGAGCCACAUAGUAAUUGUUGGGUGUUUUAAGGUAUUGCAAGCAUACAUACGAUGGAUGCCAAAAACACUCCGCCCAAUAAACCCUUAGAUGGGAAUAAAUUUCUAGAGAUGUUGUCAACCAUAUCAUUGGAGGAAGUGCUCAAGUUUGAGUUUCGCCGCAGCCAAGCUAAGAAAUGGGAGUUGCUGGUGGAGGAGUGCAAGGAUGCGGCCACAAAGAAGUACAAGUGCAAUGUGUGCGGUGUCGUCCAGUUCGGCGACAAGAAUCUGUUCAGCCAUCUGACUGGCAAGAAGCACAAUGCUCUCAUGUCGAGUAUUUCGGAUCUUCAAAUUAAGAAGAGGGGUGCCGCGCCUCCCCAGAAAGGACGUCCUGCUGAAAAACCAGCUCCCAACUCAAACGCCAACAAAGAUACUUCGAAUUCAAACAAUUCAAAUAAUUUGAAUUCAAGAAACUCCAGUUCCAAUAACGCCAAUUCAAAUUCAAAAUCAAACACCAACUCAAGCAACGCUAAUUCAAAUCCUAAAGACUCGAAUUCAAAUAAUUCAAAGUCAAGCAAUUCAAAUUCAAAUAAAUCAAUUUCAAACUCUAACUCAAACUCAAACUCAAACUCGAACAAUUCGAAUCAAAACAAGCCUGUUCAAAGAAAUGUAUCACCCCAGAAGAAGCCUACUCCCAACUCUGGGGCCAAUAAAAAGCCAGAGGAACCAAAGUCCUCGACUGCAGAGAAGCCCUCGGGAGGCCCCUCUUCGAAAGCUGCUUCCAAUAGCAAUUCUUCAGCCAAGUCUCAGCCGCAAAGGAAGCCUGGGCAGAAUGACAAGCCAGCUCCUCCUAAGGACAAUGCUUCCAAAAACAAAAACAAUUUGCCAAACAUUGUCAAAAACCCGCUGUCCAACAAGAUCUCUAUUGUUCCUCUGGCCAAGCUGAUAAGUUCCAAUCCGGAGCCCGAGGAAGACGAUGACAUGCCCAUGGAUGUCAUCGUAAUAGACGAAGAUCCCCCAUCAGAGAAGGCCAACAACACCAUACCCAUUCAAACUGGGCUCCGGCAGCAGGCACCAGAGGAGCAAAAUGCGCAAAAAAAUGUUCCAUCUCUGCCCCGAAAAUCGACGGUCGCGGAUAACUCUACAGCUAGACCCGAUGGCUUGACUUUUGAGUCCACCAAUGUAGCCGAACUCCUCGGGCUCGUUGGUGUGGAGUAUGUCCUGAAAAUAGUUCGCAGUGUGAACGCCAAACAUGCCAGGUAUUUGUGCUGCCUGUGCGACAUUACUGCCGAUGAGCAGAGGAUGCACAACCAUUUGGUGGGUUACAACCACCGUCUGAAGUAUUUUGACAAGCAUUUUCCCACCGCGAUGCGCCAGUACCGCCAGUAUGUGGCCCAUGUACCGGAGAGCGACGUCGCCAAGAUAAUGAUGCCCAUAUUUGAGAAGCUUGCCAUGGCCAUUGAGAAGCACCACGGUCGCGAGACGCCAUAUAUGUGCUACGAGUACUACUUUGGCAAAGAUCGCAAUUCCCUGACCUCCAAAGUUUUCAGCCGACGUCAUGCAUCGGAGCUGCUGGGGCCUUCGUUCACGCACGUGGUGGACUCCAAGGAAGUCGAGCAGAUGAUCGAAAAGAUGCACCAGAACAAGCUCCAGCCUCAGCCGCUGAUGAGCACGGAGCACUCGAAUCCCUAUGUUCCACCAUAUGCACAGGGGCGUCCCAAUAACUAUGCCCACUUCAACCCAGAGGCGCCUGCUGGAAACAAUCCGCCACAAUCGCAGACCGUCGAUGAUGAGACUCACAAGCGCAUGGUGGAUAGAUUCCUGCGAGGAAAUCGUCCAUCCCGGAGCGAUACCCAUGGAUCGCGGAACCCGAAGCGCAACCGUUCCCGAUCUCCUUCCAACGAUCAGCGGAAGAGACCUGCCGCCACUCCAACGAAGCGCCUGUGGAACGUGGAGCGCAGGUCGUUGUCGCCCCUCCGAGAUGGGGAUAUAUGGCAGGCCUAUCGCCACAUGGUCGACCAAAAGGUGCGGGAUCUGAACGUCUCAUUCGAUGCUUAUAAGGCCGACCCAGAACAGCACCCCAACUACCAGCAGGAGUGGCAGAGGUUCUGGAAGCGCCGCAAGGACGAGCUAAUACAGGCCGGAAUCAAUCAUCGCUCUUACAAUUUCCAAAACGAGUGGAUUCACUUUUUCAACGCCCGUUUAGAUGAGUUGUACAACCUGGAAAUUGAGGAUAUUAAGGUGAAAUGUCGCGAAAGAUUGUGCCUGCCCAUGACUAACCAUGAGCUGGAAAAUGAAAAGUAUCAUGUCCAUGUGCGCGGUGUUGAAGAGGCUCAAGUGCGUCAGCCGGAGAUCCGUCAACCGGAACCCCGUCAACAGCCGCCGCUCCGUCAACAACCGCCACUUCGGCAAGAACCGCCACUCCGGCAACAGGCGCCCCGAGAUCUGGCACCCCGUCAACUGGAACCCCGGAAACCCGAACACCGGCAACCGGAACCCCCUAAGAAGAUGCGAACUUCUCCGCCUCCAGAGGUCGAGCCGCCGAACGUGAUUCACGUUCUCCGUCUUUUGACCGCUCUGGAGAAUUAUCUGGGAAGUUUGGGGCCCUUUGUCACCGAAAUGCUGGCCAAGGCUUUGCAAACCCAAAGACUAUAUCCCGAUAGGGUCCAUAACAUAAUACUUACAUCCGAAAACUGUGCAAUUUUAGAGACGGCCAAAGAGAAGUUCACCGGCCUUCUGAUUUCCCAAAUAUAUGAUCCCACUAAAGAGAAGGCUUUGAAGAGGGCCAUUCACGACACGGAAUUGUUGCUGGAAGAAGCUGCCAAAUUCGUCAAUCCCAAGGAACCAGCUUCAAUUAAAAUCGCACCCCAAGUUAUGGAGAAAUCAGGCUUCGAUUUCGACAACAAAAAACAAAAUCCCAAACAGAAUGAGCUUUUAAAUCAGAAUCCCAAGAAGCCGUUCGACAAAACCGAACUGGCUGCCAAAUUGGCAUCUUCCCUAGUUUCCCAGGGGAAAACAUCCAUUAAUCGCGAAGAGCUGCAGAAAAUUCUUCAAGUUUACAACUUAAUUGAGCAGAAAAAGCGCCAGGACGAUCCGCCGAACAGAUCGGAUAGCUCGGAUCGACAAAUGCGUUCGCGAAACUCUCCCUUUGUCGCUGAAACCAAUGAUAACCCGUUGUCACAACACUCGACUAGAAAUUUACAUGCAAACAAUGAGACCAGUACGUUCACUGGUCAGAAUUACUCCGAUAAUGUGGCUCGCCUAACCAACAAAAACUCUAACAUGGCUAACUCCGACAACAAUUAUCCACCGGAUCGUGGAUUUGCUUCUGGCCCCCGUCAGAACAGUCUCUUGGGUGCUGGAUCUGGUGGCUACCAGAACACCCAAUAUCCCAGUGGUUCGGCCAGUGGCACACAUCAAAACAGUCAAUACGGCUCUGGAAUGGGAUCGCAUCAGAGCAAUCAGUACGGUUCCAGGUCCGGAGGACUUGGAAAUUACGAAUAUGGAUCGGGACCCGGAUCUGGUGGGCUUCAGAAGAAUCUAUAUGGGUCGGGCGCCGGCGGACUUCCAAGCAAUCAAUUUGGCUUGGGAUCCGGAGGGCUUAACAGCAAUACCUAUAGCACUGGACCUGGUAGCGGAUAUUCCAGCACCCAGCCAGGACCUGGCGGAUCGUCGUUGUCCUCCAGCAGCGUGUUGCGCAACAACCUGAACAUGUCCUCCCUUUUCAACUUUAAUACCCAUCUAAACCCCACAUACAAUUCUAACCGCAGAAACAACAACAAUUAUUAACCGAGAGACGCCACAGCCGCUUAAGACAUAGCAACGAAAUUUCUAUGAAAUUCUCCACUUCAGCCGAGACAUACAUUUAUUGAAUAUUUGUGAAAUAUUUAAACAAUGUAAUGUAAAUAAAACUUGAACAUAAUUCAAAACAUACGUUUUCAAUUAUGCAGAUGUCCGCAAAAUGUAUUCGCUAAGAUAUAAUAAACCUAUGAAAUAAAGAUUUUAUUACCAUGAAA